AUGUCAGGGGAAGACGGUUCCUGGAGGCGACGCUCCAGGAAGAAUAUGUCGGUUCCCGCAUCGUGGGAGAGACUCACGUGCGGUUACAAGUAGAGAUUAACUUAACUAAUUACAUAAUUAAUUAAAUUCUAACACACUGAACUAAAGACAAUGCUGUUAGCGGCGCGGCCGAAGCUGACUGUGGACUGAGAUGCACACGCACAGCUCCAAAUCCAAAUCCAACCCCCCCGUCUGCCGUCUCCAUCCAAAAUCCAAUCCCACCUUCGAGCUUCGACCCGUCCGCCUUCCUCACACCGCCACCUUUGCGCCGCUGGUUCGCCGUCGCCCCUGCAGGCAGGGAGGACCGAGGACUUUGUCCAUUCUCGCCUCCGUCCGCUGUCGUCCCCACUCCCACCGCCGCCUCGCAUUCACCGCCGCUGCAGCCUGCGGGAAGGAGCGCGGCCUCCUAGUCGGCGUCAAUGCCGCCCCGCUCUUUCUCCGGCUCCGUCUCCGUCUCCUCGCGCGCCAGCGAGCUGCUGCACGAAUUCAAACAUCACCUGGGCUCCGGGACGCUCUGGCCGGAGCUCGCGCACCAACUGUUCGACGAAUUGCUGCGCCAACCCGUCCCGGUUUCAGCACGCCCACUCGGCGGCUUGUUUUCCGCCCUCGCGCGUGCGCAGCCCUCCACCGCUUGUGCCGAUGGCCCCGCCCUCGCCAUCGAUCUCUUCAACCGCAUGACCCGAGCCCGCCGCCGCCGGGUGAUAGCGCCUGACACUUACACCUACAACAUACUAAUUGAUUGCUGCCACCGAGCAUGCCGCCCAGACCUAGGGCCUGCCUUCUUCGGCCGCCUUCUCAAGACAGGCAUCACGCCGGACGUCAUUACCUACAGCAGUUUAUUGCAGUGCUUCUGUGACAUGAAGCGGACAGAGGAAGCUCUGGACCUGCUGCUCCAUAGGGUGAGUGGUGACCUGCCUGAUGCCAUCUCCUACUCAGUAAUUCUCAAGAGCUUCUGCGAUGACGGAAGGAGCCAGUGUGCGCUUGACCUGCUCCGGAUGAUGGCCGAAAAAGGAGCUGAACAUUCGCCCAGCGUGGUGUCAUACAACUUGGUUAUACAUGGCUUUUUUAAGGAGGGUGAAAUAAGCAAAGCAUGCCAUCUGUUCCAUGGAAUGAUACAACAAGGGUAUGUUCCUGAUGUGGUGACGUAUAACUCCGUUAUUAAUGCACUGUGCAAAGCAAGAGCAAUGGACAAGGCAGAGGUGGUCCUUCGAUCAAUGGUUCAUAAUAGUGUCCAACCGGAUGCUGUAACAUAUAAUAGCCUGAUCCAUGGAUAUUUAAUUUUGGGUCAGCUAAAAGAAACCUUUAGGUUGUUGAAAGUAAUGAGAAGCCAAGGUGUUAUGCCAAGCCUUGUUACUUGCAGCUCCGUCAUGGAUUACCUUUGCAAGCAUGGAAAAAUCAAAGAAGCUGAGGAGAUGUUUUAUUCCAGGGCCGUGAAUGGCCGAAAACCAGAUAUAGUCUUAUACUCUAUUAUGCUCCAUGGGUACGCUAUAGAAGGUUCCCUUGUUAAAAUGAUUGAUCUCUGUGAGGUGAUGGCAAGAGAUGGAGUUGUACCCGACCUCCCUUGUUUCAACAUACUGAUUAACGCAUAUGCUAAGUAUGGCAUGAUGGAUGUGGCCAUGCUUUUCUUUGAAGACAUGUUGAAGCAGGGUGUGAAGCCCAAUGAAUUCACUUAUUUAACUGUGAUAUCUGCAUUUUGCAAGAUGGGCAGGAUGGACGAUGCGAUGGAAAAAUUCAGUGAGAUGAUUGAUAUGGGAGUACCACUUGACACAGAAGUUUACAUGUGCAUGGUUGAGGGUUAUUUGAAUCAUGGUGAUUCCAUGAAAGCCGAGGAAUUUAUUACCAAAAUGAAGAACAUGGAUAUUCAUCAUAAGCCGUGGAAAGGUAAUCGAUGAACACGACAUCUUUGACAUGGUCACCCAUAUUGGUGAGAGACCUGAUCCUACUACAUUCACUAAAAUUAUCAAUGAAUACUGCUUAUCGCCAAGAUGGAGAAAGCAUUCAGAGUACUUGAUGCUACGACAUCAGUGUGGGCGUGAGGGUUAUUGUUUGUUACGCAGCAGCACUUAACUUACCAUGGUUAUGCUCUCAUCUUCUUGAUAUGCUCUAGAUGUGUUGUUAUCCUGAAUUCCUGAUUGCUCCAGCGUGCACUAGAAUUAGAGAUGUGUGAAUUAAGCCUUACGGUUGUUAGCUGCGGUUUAUUGGUAGUGGGAUAUAUUGCCUAGUUCGAAUUUCCUCAAGGCACUGCAGUAUUCAGGGUGGAUAGUGACCUGGCUGAUUAGGUGUAGCAUGCAUAAUUCCGUGUGUCCAAGUCUUUUGUAUACUUCAUAUAUCAUGGAUGAAAAGGGCUUUUGGUAGGCCUUGCAUGUUCGUGUCAUUCCAAGAGUGAACUAUUGGUAAGUUACAACUGAGA